AUGAAGGUGGUGAUUCAAAGAGUCAAGCAGGCCUCGGUCACUGUGAACCAGCAGGUGGUUUCCCAGAUCAAUCGCGGGCUGAUGUUACUUGUCGGUAUUUCAACCGAGGAUAACCAGGAAGAUGUCGCGAAACUCGCCAAUAAAGUGCUUCGGUUGAAGCUCUUUGAAGAUCAAGGUGAGGAGGCUGGAACCAAGACAGAAUGGGUUGGAAAGCCCUGGCAGAAGAGUGUCGGAGACAUCAGCGGCGAAAUUCUGUCGGUCUCGCAGUUUACGCUGUACGGAAACAUCAAAAAGGGAGCAAAGCCAGAUUUCCAUCGAGCUCAAAAGGGUCAUGUAGCUCAAGAACUGUAUGAGUCAUUCCUCGAGAUCCUCAGGACAGACCUGGGCCAGGAUCGGGUCAAAGACGGUCAGUUCGGGGCUAUGAUGGAUGUGGCUCUGGUGAACGAUGGUCCGGUCACCAUCGUCUGGGACACUAGAGAUAAAUAG